UCGGCACGAGCCCCGUGAAAAGCAUUCUGGGAUACAAUAUGUAAACAUCAGCCUCAAACCUGUCAGAGGGGAUUCCAAUGCAUUUUAUACAUAAUUACAUUUUAAACCGACUUAUUUUUUAUGAUUUAGCUAUUUAAUACAAACGGGGCACUCGACUUCGUGGUUUAUAUGGAUGUGACGAUGCUGUCAAGAAGCGACAGUACUUCUGUGCAAGUGUCAGAAUUCUAGCGGCUAAGUUAGUUAGCUCGCUGCUGGGUCACAUUCAUGCGCUUAUAGUUGUCUUACAUUUCACAUUUCAACGGAUUCAUCCAUUCUUUGUUACCGGCAGUCCAGACUCCUCUUCCUGCUGUGAAGGAUGGGUGUGAAAACCUUUACUCACAACUCCCCCAACCACAGCCAAGAGCUUUUGGAUAAGCUCAACACCCUACGCAGUGAGGGCCACUUUUGUGACGUCACCAUUCGCGUACAAGGCCAGAUGUUCUCUGCCCAUAAGGUAGUGCUAGCCUGCUGUAGUGACUUCCUUCGAACAAAGCUUUCUGGGAAGCCAGCUGAAGAAGACACUGUAAUAGUAAGUGAAGAUAACAAACAUGUGCUGGAUCUCCAACAUGUGACGGUCGCAGGUUUCGCUCCUCUUCUGGAAUAUGCGUACACGUCCACCCUAUCCAUUAGUACGGAGAAUAUCAUAGACGUACUGGCAGCUGCUAGCUACAUGCAGAUGUUUGCGGUGGCCAACACUUGCUCUGAGUUCAUGAAGUCCAGUAUCCUGUGGAACUCUGCAUCCUCAGGAGCAGGAGGUCCUGGUAGCACCCAACCUCCAGUUUUACACAGACCCCAAGAGACCCCUGAAGCCCAUGCGAGCUGCACCCUCGCCCCUGUAGAUGCCCUCUCGCCAUCUCCGGUCUCAUCCGAAUGCAGCGUACCGGAGCGGCCCAUUCCUGUGUGCCGCGAGUCUAGACGCAAGCGUAAAGGCUUUGCGAGCCCGCAACCAGCAUCCUCAACCUCUCCGCAAGUCCCCAACCCUUCUCCCUCCUCUUCCUCCUUCCCAGAGAGUUCAGCGCAGGCUCUGGAACCAUCUCUGGCCUUCUCCUGGACAUACCCUUUUGGUGUGGACCGGCGGUUUGCGGCAGAAAAGUCAAAACUACCGGAAGGCCUCCUGGAACAAUCUGGAGCACCGGGGCAGGACUCUAGUGGACGGGCAUUGGUGGAGUAUUUGACCUGCGAGGGCCCACGUGGCCUGGGCGUAGGGGGUGCUGCAGGGGUGGAGGAGGAGGAAGAAGAAGAUGUGCAGGUGAAGGUGGAAAGGCUGAGUGAUGAAGAAGUGCAUGAAGAAGUUUCUCAACCAGUCAGUGCUCCACACAGUUCUCUGAGUGACCAGCAGACAGUCCCUGGCAAUGAACACACCCAAGAAGAUCUUCUCAUCAGCCCUCAGUCCUCAUCCAUUGGCUCCUUGGAUGAGGGGGUGACGGAGGGUCUCCAGUCCAUGCAGGGCACUCCAAACACUACUGGUCACAUGGAGGAGGAUGAGAGGCUGGAGAAUGUCCAGUACCCAUACCACCUGUACAUUAGCCCGUCCACUCGCCCAGGACUCAACGGUCCUGAACGGCCUUUCCAGUGCCCUACAUGUGGCGUCCGCUUCACUCGAAUACAGAAUCUCAAGCAGCACAUGCUCAUCCACUCUGGUGAGCACCUCUGCUAUUACUGGACUCCACAUUGA